AUGCUAAAAAUCUUAAUCCCUACAAUUAUACUAUUCCCCACAAUCUGAAUAACCUCCCCAAAAUGACUAUGAACCACUACAACCUUCCAAAGUUUCACUAUUGCCCUAAUUAGCCUUACCUGACUAAAAUAUUUUUCAGAAACAGGAUGAACCUCAUCCAACCUUUACAUAGGCACAGAUCCCUUGUCAACCCCAUUACUAGUCCUUACUUGCUGAUUACUUCCUCUUAUAAUUCUAGCCAGCCAAAACCACAUCAAAACAGAACCUAUUAACCGUCAACGAACUUACAUUACACUAUUAGCCUCCCUACAAAUAUUUUUAAUUAUAGCAUUUGGUGCUACCGAAAUCAUUAUAUUCUACAUCAUAUUUGAAGCAACCCUAAUCCCAACAUUAAUCAUUAUUACCCGAUGAGGAAAUCAAGCCGAACGAUUAAGUGCAGGAACUUAUUUUCUAUUUUACACUUUGACCGGCUCCCUCCCUUUACUAGUAGCCCUCCUACUACUACAUACUGACGUAGGAACUCUCUCAAUAAUAACUAUCCAAUACUCCCAGCCCAUAAAUCUUCAUACAUGAGGAGAUAAAAUCUGAUGAGCCGGCUGUUUAAUUGCAUUCCUAGUAAAAAUACCAUUAUAUGGUAUUCACUUAUGACUGCCAAAAGCUCACGUAGAAGCCCCUGUAGCAGGUUCAAUAGUGCUAGCAGCAAUUCUAUUAAAACUAGGGGGAUAUGGUAUAAUACGAAUAAUAAUUAUCCUAGAUCCCCUAUCAAAAGACCUAGUAUACCCUAUUAUUGCUUUAGCCCUCUGAGGUGUAAUCAUGACAGGCUCUAUUUGCCUACGACAAACAGACCUAAAAUCACUAAUCGCCUACUCAUCUGUAAGCCACAUAGGACUGGUAGCAGGAGGCAUUCUAAUUCAAACACCAUGAGGUUUUACCGGAGCCUUGGUACUAAUAAUUGCCCAUGGCUUAGUAUCCUCUGCCUUAUUCUGCCUAGCUAAUACUACAUAUGAACGAACCCAUAGCCGAACAAUAGUGUUAGCCCGAGGCCUACAAAUUCUUUUCCCACUAACAGCCACCUGAUGAUUCAUCACUAACUUAGCAAAUCUAGCAUUACCCCCUCUUCCCAACCUAAUAGGAGAAUUAAUAAUUAUUACAACAAUAUUUAAUUGAUCCCCUUGGACUCUUAUCCUAACAGGAGCGGGGACCCUUAUCACUGCAGCAUACUCAUUAUACCUGUUCUUAAUAACACAACGAGGGCCCCUACCACAACAUAUUAUUAACUUACAACCUUUCCACACACGAGAGCACUUAUUAAUAACACUCCACCUUCUACCUGUUAUCCUCCUUAUUACAAAACCCGAAAUCAUAUGGGGCUGAUGAUACU